AUGAUGGUUUCUGCCUCUGUCCGUUGGAAAUCCGAUGGAAGUCCAGUGGACGUCCAACGGACACAGAAUUCCGGCCAGUCCAACCAUUUCUUGCUUCUAAGUAGUUUGAGUGGACUUUCACUGGACUUUGCCUGGACUUGCAGCGGAAUCCAGUCAUGUCCAACGGACUCCGACGGUCUUCCGACGGACUGUCCACUGAGUCCAUCGGAAAUGGCAGGGUCCGAUGAAAAACAAUUUCUUGCCUACCUUGCUGUCGCUGAUGCUCUUAAUGCCAUGCGCAAGGUUAAGCAGUGGCCUGAAAGAGCACCUACUGAGAAGCAUGUUAUUGAACUUUUUAUUGGGAAAAGCCAGUGGAACAAUGUUUGGCGACCAAUCUUCAGUAGGGCUUCUCAGCACUUUCCAGACAUGGUCAAGUGGCUACAAGGUGAUGCUGACAGCAAGACUGCGGAGGAGCUUUGGGGGAUAGAGGGGAAGUACAAUCUCAAGAUGUUGAAGGAAUGGAUGGAUAGAGGUGGAAAGCCCUUGAAAGGGAAGGCUAGAGCUGUUGAAGAACCUGUUGCUGAAAGCUCAUUGAAGGGAUCGGAGAAAGACAAGGAGAAGAAGAAGAAGAAGAAGAAGAAGAAGUCAGAUAAAUCAGAUGAAUUUUUAGUUAAGCCUCAUCCUUAUACUUUGGCUACAUCACCUGUAAUCUGGCUGGUUAUGUGGUUUGCAUUGGUUCCUGGUGUAAUGGCCACAGGCUCAACAACACCAUUUCCUGAUAUCCCAUUUCAGGCUUUUAGUCAAUUCAUUUUGACAACAUUUAACCCUGAAAUCUCACUGGAAACUGUUCUGCUUGUCUUUUUUUCUUUAGUGGAAAAUCCAGACUUGCUUAAUUUACAUGCACGUCAGAAACAUCCAAAAGUCCUAAAUGAAAAGAAAAUUAUUGCAUCAAGUUGGAUGAAAUCACUGGGCCGUGCAUUAAAUGAACGACUGGAUUCAGAUCUCUCAAUGCUAUUUCAAUCAAAUGAAUUUGUGCAAAAUUCAUGGGAAACUGCACUAGCUCUCAAGCUAGAUGCAUUUUCAGAGCUUCUUGGACUCACACCUUACAAACAAGGUGUUUUCAAUAAAAAGCUGCAGAAAGUUUCUCAAAAGGCUAUUGAGCCCAUACAAAUCAUCUGUCCUAUUGACAUGGAGUGCGAAACUGCCUCAUGUAACUCCCGACAUAUUGGAGUAUAUACUCGUCAACAUGAUAUGCCUCUGGUGACUUUGAUUCGAGGAUCUUCAAUUUACAAGAAUGUUGGUGUAUUGACUGGAGAGUGCAAUCAGACAGAAACAUUCCUGAACUCUGCCAAAUACCUCCAAAUUGGAAGCAAUAUUUGGGUUGACACUAUCUUUUCAAAUGCUCUGCUGAAUGGCAUGUACUCAUUUCAUGCAUCUGCAAACACCUAUACACAAUAUUGGAACAAUAGCUUUGGAACUAUUGACCCUCACAACACAUUCAAAAUUAGUCGAAAACAAAUUUGGCAAGCUUUUGUACAGCAUUCUAUUAGAGAUGUGGCUUCAACUUCAAAUACUACAUUUGAAACUCAACCUAAUAUUGCUAUUGAUGACUUGACUCAACAUGCCUUUGCUGUUCUUGGUAAGAAUGGUGAAAUACCAGGUGCAAGAGAACACACCUGCUCUGAUUGUACAAAGCCUUUCAAACAAACAAUGCAGGAUACAGAGCGCAUUCCAGGUACACUUGAUGUUAAUAUGAUAACUUUGGAUGGUGUUGUUAUGGGUCCACAGAUUUGUGCUUUUGACAAUUGUACUAAUGACCUUCUUAAUGCUCGUGGUGGUGCACUCUGUGCAACACAUGAAGCGUUACUUGCAAAUAAAUGUCGCUUGGUUGGCUGUUCUAAAGAAAAGAUACAAGGAACACAAGCUUGUAAUGAGCAUAUGGCUGACUGGAAGAAAAGUGUUCAAGAUCGCAGUAAAGCCACUAUUAAUGGUAUUCGACGUGUUCUUCAAUGUCCUGGUGAACAUCAAGAAUGGCAAAAUAUUCCUGAUGCUGCUAUUCAACAGCCACAUGAUGAUGAGAUUGAUGCAAAUGAGGCUGAAAAUCCUCAAGCCACUAUUAAUGAUAUUCGACGUGUUCUUCAAUGUCCUGGUGAACAUCAAGAAUGGCAAAAUAUUCCUGAUGCUGCUAUUCAACAGCCACAUGAUGAUGAGAUUGAUGCAAAUGAGGCUGAAAAUCCUCAACCAUCAAUAAAGCGAAAGACAUACUUCUCACCUAAUCGUUCAUAUUGUGUUGAAACAGCAUGUGCACCAUGUGGAGUUGUCAUUGCAUGGACCAAAUUUCCAAAAUCUGAAUCUCCAACUAAUAUUCUUAAUUGGCUUGAUGAAAUAUUUCCUAACAAGGAGGAUCGACCUGCUUAUAUAUGCAUUGAUAAAGCAUGUCAAGUCUUCAAGACAGCUGUUGGAAGUACAAGGUGGAAAGAUUGGACAGACACAACUCGGUUUAUUGUUGACACAUAUCACUAUAACAAUCACCGUGCCACAGAUGAAAUUUGUCGAAAAUGGUGUAAUCCUGCACCAAAAGAUGGCAGUGCACCAAAUCUUGUGGGGGAAAAAGUUGAUGAGGAUGGAAAUCUUAUACAGUGGAGAGAAUUUAACACCCAAGUCUGUGAACAACUUAAUGCAUGGCUUGCUGGCUAUGAAUCCAUUUUAAAGCGGAUGUCAUCAAAAAACUUCAAUUGGUUUAUACAUACUAUGCUCAUUUACCAUGUCAAGCAUGUCCUUGCCAAAAUGGCAUCUAUGAAGGGUGAUGGAUCAACAGAUGAAGAAAACAGUGAUGAGGAAAGCAGUAAUGAAGAAAGCAGUGAUGAGGAGGGCAGUGAUGAGAAAAGCAGUGACAAGGACAGCAAUGAGGAAGAAAGCAAUGAGGAAAGUGAUUCUACAAAUAGCAGUGAUCAUGAUAUGCAUCUUUCAGAUUAA